CUUUGGAUUCAUUUGAGUAAUUCUCUAUCUCUUCUUCACUUGCGCCUGGGAUUUGGACUUUGUUUCUUGCUGUUCUGAGUUCCAGGGUUUGAUUCUUGGAGUGUAAUUAGGGUUUAUUUUCAUGUGGGUUUUAAUCCACGAAUAACUUAGUUGCCUGCUAUGGUUUCUCAUGAAUUUCAUUUCGUAGUUAAUUUAUUUGUAAAUGGUAAAAGAAAUUUUCUCUUGUAUCUCUGGGUUUUGUAGUUUAAGAUUUGAUGGGUGGGAUCAGAGAUGAGAGAUUAGAGAGGCAUGACAAGGAAGAAAGGGAACUGGGGCGCGACAAAGGUGAUCGCUCUAGGGAAGCGAGAGAGAAAAAGAUUCAGCAUGUUCGCAAUAGAGGCUCGGAUUCUGAUGGCGAGCAUGCUUCGCUAAGGAGGUCCGCUAAAGAUGAAAGCCACAGGCAUGAAUCACGUCGGAAGGCCACAAGAAGACAUCACCAUGGGGAAUCUGAUGAGGAUAGAAACAUAAGGAAAUUAGAAUCAGAAGCCUCAGAUAGGAAAAUUGAGAGAGAAAUGGGAGAGAUAAGGGAGCGUGACAGCAAGAGAAAACAUGAUGAUAGACACCAUGAUAGAAUACAAUCUCAUGAAGAAGAGGACGAUGAUGAAAGAAGUAGGGAGAGAAAACGUGAUAAUGGACACCACGAUAGAAGACGAUCUUAUGAAGAGGAGGAUGAUGAUGAAAGAAGUAGGGAGAGAAACAGUCGUCAAAAAAUGCGUAAUGAGGAUUCUAGGAAGAGGGAACAUUAUGAUAGGGGACACCAUUCUAAAGGUGGAGCUGUGAAGGAAGAAGCUCAACGAGAGAGACACAAUAGAAUCAGGAAAGGAGACUUAGAAGAUGGAAAGAAAUUAGAGAAUUUGCAAAUUAAUAGGAAAACCACAACCACUGAAACAAAUACUGGGAGAAGUGGUGGGGUUUAUAUCCCUCCAUUUAAGUUGGCUCAAAUGAUGAAAGAAGUUCAAGACAAAAGUAGUAUUGAGUAUCAAAGAUUAACAUGGGAUGCUCUCAGGAAGAGCAUAAAUGGGCUCGUCAAUAAAGUAAAUGCAUCUAACAUAAAGAAUAUCAUUCCUGAGCUCUUUAGCGAGAACCUUCUUCGGGGUCGAGGGUUAUUUUGCAGAUCAUGCAUGAAGUCCCAAAUGGCAUCUCCUGGUUUCACGGAUGUCUUUGCUGCAUUGGUUGCUGUUGUAAAUACAAAGUUUCCUGAAGUUGGGAACCUUCUUUUGAGGAGAAUAGUGCUUCAGCUCAAGCGGUCAUAUAAGAGAAAUGACAAGCCGCUUUUGCUUGCCACUACAAAAUUUAUAGCCCAUCUUGUGAACCAGCAAGUUGCUCAUGAGAUUAUUGCUUUGGAGCUUCUUACCGUGUUGUUAGAGAAUCCUACUGAUGACAGUGUAGAGGUAGCAGUUUGCUUUGUAAAGGAGUGUGGGUCCUUGCUACAAGACCUUUCUUCUCAGGGACUUCAUGGUAUCUUUGAGCGCUUUCGUGGCAUUCUUCAUGAAGGAGAAAUUGACAAAAGGGUUCAGUUUUUGAUUGAAGGCCUCUUUGCUAUACGAAAAGCAAAGUUUCAGGGUUAUCCAGCCGUCCGUCAAGAAUUGGACCUUGUGGAACAGGAAGACCAGUUUACUCAUGAGUUGUCUCUUGACGAAGAGAUAGAUCAAGAAAUUGGACUAGAUAUAUUUAAGCCUGAUCUGCAAUAUCUGGAACAUGAGAAGGCUUAUGAAGAACUCAAAAAAGACAUCCUUGGUGAUGAAUCUUCUGAUGAAGAGGGUUCAGACAAAGGCUCAGAUGACGAGGAUGAGGAAGAAACUGAUGAAGAGGAAGAGGAAAAGCUCCAGAUCAAGGAUGAGACUGAGACCAAUCUGGUCAAUCUACGGAGAACGAUUUAUUUAACAAUCAUGUCGAGUGUGGACUUUGAGGAGGCAGGACACAAACUACUCAAAAUCAAACUUGAACCUGGUCAAGAGAUGUGUCGUCAGUUUACUGUGGAAGUUCGCCACGAAGCUAUGUUUGAGAUAUUAUGGCCCUUUUCCCGUUAUUCAGCGAAUCAUGAAAGUGGCAUACAGGUUGUAACUGUCUGUUGGGUCUCGUGUGCACCAAUGUUCCAUGUAUCUUGCCUAAAAAAGAAGUUAAGCAAGCUUGUUGUUCUACAGGUAGAUCGGCCAGAAAUUGAUGAAGAAGGGACAUUCAAGCAUGAACCUAUUGCAAUCUUGGACAACAAGCUAGUUAACAAAAGAAAUCAAGCUAUGACGAAAGUCUCAAUGCAUUGA